GCCCUCCAGCACCGAUCCUCUCAAGCCCGAUCUCGACCAUGGCUCUGUGGAACAGGUGGAAGAUAUAGCCAUUGACGAUACAGAAUAUCCCAUCUUGCCCCGGGAAACCGCGAAAGAGGCCCUGCCCUUUAUCGAAGCAAGUGAAGUGAGGAAAAGGGAUGGGAAAAAAGACUCCAGGUUAUGGCAAUUUCAUAAAAUACACAAUUCGCGGUAUUUGAAGGCGUACGCAGAGGCGUUUAGAGUUGGACGGACAAAGGGACUUGAGAAUCCGUAUAGAGAGCCACAGCCCAAGGUUAACACACCUCUUAGAUUUGGUGCAAAUGAAUGGUAG